AUGGAUAAUAACCAAGAAGAAUUAUAUGGGCUAUGUUUUCAUUGUAAACAACCAAAAAGUCAUUAUGACUGGUGUCCUAGAUGUGACUGUCAAAAAUUGAUUGAUGAAUUUUCGAAUUGGACUAGCGUAAAUAAAGACAUUGAUGAAUUUAUUCAAGCUACUCAAAGAAAUGCAACCUCUUAUGCUUCAUAUUUAGAAUGGAUUCCUUAUUCCAGACUUGAAAUCGAAUUUGAUGAAAAUUGGUGGCUUGGAAAGUCAUAUACUGCAAAGUGGAAAGAUGGUGAAAGGUUGGAUGAUUUUUGGUAUACCAUCAAUACUCAAAGACAACGUUUUCCCAUUCAAGUUACAAUUAAAUCUUUUGAUAAGAACUAUUUUAAACAUAUAACGAAUUUUGAAUAUUUUAUGAAUGAGUUAAAAUUCCAACAUCAAUUUAUGACAUGUGGUAGAAGACAAAAUCCUCCGCACUAUAUUUUGGAACAAUUUGAAAAUUUGGAGCACCAAAUUGAAAGUAUAAACGUUGAAGAUACUUUUAGUGAAAAGCUUAGUAUGAAUUAUGAUAGUGAACUAUUAGAUUUAAAGAUUCCUUCUGAGCUAUUAAUUAGUGGUAAGUAA